CCAAUUGUAUUUGCUGUAGUUUUCUUUAUUUACCUGGCUAGGGAGAGAAGAAAGCAGCUAGAAAAAAAUGGGGGAGGGUGACGCAGAAGUGGUGCAACAGCAAGUAUGGAGCAGAGAAACAAUGCCGAAGGUGAUGAAGAUUAUAAGCACCAGACUCAGGCUUCCUCAGCGAGACCUCAUCUCUCUUCUUCUCGUCUCCUCGUCUCUUUACCGUACUCUCGUGUCCUCCGCUUCCCUAUGGCUGGUUCUUGAUUUUCAUGAGAUGAAGAAUGCUGGAGAUCGACUUCUAGCUGCCCUUGCGCUGACGAGAUAUCAUCAUGUCAAGCAGAUAAACCUCGAGUUUGCACAAGAUAUCGAAGAUAAACAUCUGGACAUUCUUAAGAACAAGUUUGCAGGUUCCCUUCAGCACCUGGAGCAUUUAAAUCUUAAUGUCUGCCAAAAAAUCUCUGACAAGGGAAUUGAGGCUAUAACUUCAGUCACUCCUUCUUUAAAGAUAUUCUCCAUCUACUGGAAUGUUAGGGUUACAGAUGUUGGCAUAUCACAUCUGGUAAAGAACUGCAAGCAUAUUCUUGAGUUGAACUUAAGUGGUUGUAAGGGUAUAUCAGAUAAAAGUUUGCAAAUGGUUGGUGACAGCUAUCAGCAUCUGGAGUUGCUAGAUAUCACUAGAUGCAUCAAGAUAACAGAUGGGGGUUUGCAACAUAUUAUGGCCAAAUGCUCUGGACUCAAGAGUCUAAAUCUCUAUGCUCUUUCAAGCUUCACAGAUGAAGCUUAUAAGAAACUUUCACUUUUGAGCAAUCUUAGAUUCUUAGAUCUUUGUGGUGCUCAGAAUAUAUCUGAUGAAGGCCUUUUCUCUAUAGCCAAAUGCAAAAAUAUUCGUAUCCUCAAUUUGACAUGGUGUGUACGUGUGACUGAUGUGGGUGUCAUAGCCAUAGCCAAAGGUUGCACCUCUCUUGAAUAUCUUAGCUUAUUUGGAAUUGUGGGAGUUACUGAUAAGAGUCUAGAAGUCCUCUCAGAAUUCUGCUCAAACACAAUCACAACACUUGAUGUGAAUGGAUGUAUUGGCAUCAAGAAGCGUAGCCGUGAAGAGCUUCUUCAGUUAUUUCCAUAUCUAAGGUGCUUCAAGGUUCACAGUUAGUAUAUGACUGUAGUAAGUGUUUAAUUCUACUUUAUAUUUACAAUUGAGCUUUGAUUCCCUUGUAUUUUGUAUAUUUUGUGUUGGAUUUAUUUUUGUAUACUGAUAUAUAGUGAAUCUGAACAUCUUAGAUCAAUGCA